GGUGUCCUUGUCAAAAAUCAGCCUCUUGAUCCACUGGAGUCGGAGUGCUGUAGUUUGAGUUGUAGGGUCAAUUAUCCCUAAGCGCCCUAGUACUUUUGGUUGUAUGAUUGAGUCCCGAUUGGAACGACACCAGGGGGGGUUGCUGGCUCAAAACGCGCUGACGCUUAGCGCUAACCUGCGCUACGGACCGGCUGGCGAGGUCCAGCCAUACUCCGUGGACGGGGACAGUUAUGGUUCCAUAGCUAUUCUUGGUCAUUGUGGUGUUUGCUUGGUCGCUCUGUCCAGGCGAUGGUGGAAUUCCCACCGGAUACACAAGGGGACGAUACGUCGGUGUGAGGCGUCUGAUUUGCAGGAUUUGACGGCGCGUUUUUUGGACGACAUGGUUCCUAUCGAAGAAUUACAAAGUGGUGCGGCUGAAUGGUUGGAGACUAUAGAAGAAGGCGGUCGCCGUUUGCAGGAGGUUGUGGAUAUUUUGUGUUCGAGCCAUGGUGAUCAGUCAAGGGCUGUAGGGGAAACAGUUACACCAGCGCCAUGGCUGGAGGACAUGAUGCAGAGCAUGCUUGAAGUCAUUUGGGAGUUGGAGGAGGGGCCGGCUCCUUCGAUUGAGGAGUUUGUUGAUUGGCAUCAAGCUCGCUUGCUCAUGCACAGAUGCUACGACAUCUUUAGGAACGACCAGAAUCGUUGUGAAGCUUUGGAGGCGGGAUUGUCGCCUGCGACAACAAAUGAAGACAGCAGAGGCGACAACAGCUUCAGCACCAACAUCGACUGCAACGACAGUAACGACAACGACAAUAACAACGAUAAUAACAUCAACAACAACAACAACAACAAGCUCACGAUUAUCAACUCCAACUCUCUUGGUGUCUUGAACGGCAACGGAGGAGAUGACAUCAUUAGCAGAGGGAUCGAUGUUGGAGGUGGUGAGAGCAUCAAUGAAAACGGCGACAACAACGAUAACAUUGACUUCAACAGUAUUAUCAACAACAGCGACAACAAUAACAACAACAACAAYAAACARCUCAAGAAUAUUAACUACRGCGCUGUUGGCGACAAUAGCACCGACAGGAUUWACGGCAACAAUAACUAUGGUUAUGGCGAUGAGGCCAAGGAUGUCAAGGACGAUUCRGAGAUCGAUCGCGGGUUCGAUCGCGGGUGCGGUGGGAUGCCCAGGGCUGCUGGUUGGCAGCGGAUGGGCGUGGGUURGUUGGCGAGRAGUGGAGUUGACCGGUCUGCAACUCCAAUUACGCAGGGGUGGUGGCCUCUCUGGCGGUAGGGGGACUGUUUAGGGUUUUAUUUGAUACCCCUGUCUUGUGUUAGAUAAUAAUUACUAUGCAGUGUUUGAUGACUGUUUCCCUAGGAUGGUUGUUGAGGACGCUUGUCAUUACGGUUAGGGUUGGGGUUGUCGGGAAACGAUUAUGGUUUCUGACUCUGUUCUGAUUUCGUCCCCCCUCGUUCGCUGGUGAUCACUCUACCUAUCCGCGGAUGGGUGGAGCACGGUAGGGUAAGGAAGGCACGGUUUAUGAGCAGUUAAUCCCCUUUCACAAGGGCAAUCAAUGCUGCUCAUCAUCAUACACUUGUUUACGCACAUACACUACAUGUCGUCACAGAUUUCUGCUCGAAUAAUCAAAUGAUUACCAUGUC